AUCUAAAAGCACUCUCAGCAGUCGGCCAGAAGUUUGGCAUAUAUUUUUGGAUUCAAAUUUUGAUGGCUACCAUGCAGGUGCACUGUUAAAAACCCACAAAACACAAGAGUACGAGCAAGCGAAGACAUAGACCCGAUGGAGAUGCAACUAGGAGCGAUGCUGCAUGUGUACAAGGGGGAGUACGGACUGCCGUCCAUUGAUUUUGAAUGUUUACGUGCGCUGUGCCUCCUGCGAUUCACCCGCUGUCCCAUGGACGUGGAGACCAGCUCCAAUCCGCUGCGCUCAGGAGCCGGGAAACUGCCCUACUUGCAGAUCGGCAACCAGAAGUUCGCGGGCUACAGGCAAAUCAAGCGCGUGCUGGAUCUCGAGGGUUACCCGAUCGAUGCGCAUUUAAGCACGAAACAGAAGCAUUUGUCCUCCGCCUAUGCCAACUGGGUGUUCACCAAUCUGCACGCCUACUACCAUUACUUCCUGUACGGAGAGCCCCACAACUUCGAUACGACCACGCGGGGUCUCUACGCCAAGCGCACGCCAUUCCCCUUUAACUUUUACUAUCCUUCGUCCUACCAGAGGGAAGCCUGUGACGUGGUCCAGGUGAUGGCCGGCUUCGAUGUGAACGAUAAGAUGGACAAGCACGAAGGCGACUAUCUCGUCGUCAAUGCCAAAAAGGUCGUGAACCUGCUGUCUCGGAAAUUGGGUCGCAAGGUGUGGUUCUUCGGCGACACCUACAGCGAGUUCGAUGCCAUUGUGUACAGCUAUCUGGCCAUUAUCUUCAAAAUCGCACUGCCCAACAAUCCACUCCAGAAUCACAUUAAGGGCUGCCAGAACCUGGUGAACUUUAUCAACCGCAUCACGAAGGACAUAUUUCGCAAUGAGGGCUACAGUUCCGUUAAGCUUACGAAGACGCCCAGUGGUACGGAGGCGAGUCUGACGGCUUCGGAGCGAAAGUUCAUGGAUUCCGAACUGAACACCAAAAUAGUGGCCGGCGUGGGAGCAGUGUUGGCCAUGGGAGCAUUUGCAGCUUGGCGUGGUAUUUACAACCAGUUUUGGGUCAAUGUCUUUGUUUGGCUCCAGACACUCUUUUAGGCACGCAACAAGUGCAGGUGCGAAAUUCUCAGUUAAUUGCAAUUUCCGAUUGCUUCAUCCCUUGCAGCUAACAACACGCUCCUCGACGGACUACGACGGCAUAGAUUACGAGGAUGACGAGCUGGAGGAGGGCCUAGAGUAAUCACGCCUCUGCAACGUUAUCUAUGUAUAGUAUAUAUAUUUUAAAAUACAAUGAGGGGAUGAAGCACAAAAACUGUCCAACUUUAAAAGUUUUGCGUAUACAUUAGAGGUCGUCAAUUUAUGGGCCAUGAAUCUUUGGGUCGAACAGAAACCUUAAGUUAAUCUGGCAGGAGUUCGCAUACAUGUGUGUAAUUUUCGUGUCACUCAUUUGGCAGGGAAACUACAUUAUUUGAAAAGACCUUAAUUUUACAAAUGCAAGUUCCGCGAACCUUCAGAAUUAUCUAUAUGUUUCUUUCCACUACCAAGAUUGUUCUAACAAAUCGACCUACUUUAAUAUGCAUAUUCAAUACAUGUAUUAUAGUUCGAAUCUGUUUUUAAACUGUCUUGUAUAAAAUAGCAUUUUAAAGUCAUCAGAGCGUAAUAAAAAGGAUAACAGAGGA